AUGUGCGACCAACCGCUUUCACUCCUGGAUAUCACACAAACGGAUCUGUCUCGGCAUGAAUUUGCAUUUCUUUCUGCCUGUGAAACCGCAGUCGGUGACCAUGAUACUCCUGACGAAGUGAUACACUUAGCGGCUGGCCUGCAAUUCGCUGGGGUUAAGAGCGUCGUUGGGACAUUAUGGAAUGUCAACGACAGUACUGUGCAGCGCUUAGUUGAGGCAUUCUACAAAAACUUGUGCGGGGAUGGCAAAAUGAAUUCUAAACGAGCUGCGCGAGCGCUGCACCAAGUGGUCCACUCAUUGGCUCGGGACAAGGACAUGCCCUUGGACCAGCGCAUAGUGUUCAUGCAUAUUGGCCAUCUAGCCAGCGGUCACAUGCAGCCUGCUGCCAAGAAGAUAUUUCAGACUUUGAGAUUGUAUACCUCCUCAAUAUGUGUACCUGACUCUGCUACCUCGGAGCCAAAUAUGACCGCUUGGUGCUUUGUGGGUCUGAAAGAGGGCAACAACUUUCACACCAGCGAGAAAGGGAUGACGGAGAUAUCUAGUUUCCUGCUAUCAUGA